AGCGCCUCGUGCUUAUAAGAGGCCGUUCACGUCGCGAGACGAUGUCACAGAGGGAGCGGUGGAGCUGCUACUGUCGAAGUCACCCAAGAGCCGGCGAGAGCCACCAUGGAGAAAGGGUUUGAUUCGAUGGCUGCAUUGGACGCCCCUCCGGCGUACCCGGCCCAGUCCAGGUUCAGCCGCAAGUUCAUCAUCGUCUGCGCGUCGCUGCUGGUGCUGCUGGUCGCGGUGGUGGUGGCCGGCGUCCUGCUGGGAGUCUUCAUCGGUGGCCAGAACGCGACCGAGCUCUAUAAGGUGAUCGUGAAGGACAAAGAUGGGAAGCCCGAGGAGCAGACGGUGCAGGUGAACCCCCAAGAAAACAUCGCCACCUUCUACAUCCAGAACGGCAACGUCUCCUCCACCACGCUGCUCGACUACGGCAAGAACCUCGUGGUGAUGAGAACGAACGAGCCGGGCGAGUGCUACGUGCGGAAACUUGGCGCCGAGGAUGUCCCGUCGCUCUCCAAGCUGAGAGACAGCCUCAAGAACCUCAACGGUCAGACGGUUCAGGAGAAGGACAACCCGGAUGCCUCCUCCUUCGUUCCGGGUCCAGAAAUCUUCGACAGAUCCCUGUUCGGCCGCAGCUCCGGCCUCCUCUGCAAGGACGUCAGAACAUUCUGGCUCGUCAAGGGCAACCCGGCCACACGUGGGUGGUGGAGCAAAAUCAAGAACGCCGUUGUCAAGGUGUGCAGCAUCAUCCCCUGCUACAUUGGUGUCACCAUCCCAUUCGGUUAAUGAUGGACUCAGAGAGAUGGUUCUCUGACCAGGCCUGGCAAUGCCCCAACCACUCAGAUGCCAAUGUUCUAAUAAUCCUACCAACCACAGGCCAAUAUCCAGUGACCCUACCAUCCAGAGACCAAUUUCCAAUGACCUGACCACUCAUAAACAAGUUUCCAAUCACCCGACCACCCCAGAGACAAAUGACCAAUGACUCAUCCAUCCUGCGUAAAUAGAAGGUUGAGUCCAGAUUGAGGAGGCUAAAAUCCUGCAUGUUGGGAUGGAAAUUUCAAGUCUCAGGUGAUGAGGCAUGCAGGUGGAUUCACUUAAUGACUGGAAAGGAAUGGGUGGCAAUGGCUUCAUCAUCAACGCUAGAGAUCGACACAGAGAUCCAUAGACCCGCAGAGAGAACGAUAGACUCACAGUGAGACCCAUAGACUUGUAAAGACCCAUAGACUUACACAGAGGUCCAUAGACUUACAGAGAGACCCACAUACUUACAAAGACCCAUAUACUUACACAGAGACAUCCAUCUACGUACAAAAACCUAAAUACUUACAGACAGAAAUAGACUAACAGAGAGACCCAUAUACUUACAAAAACACAUAAACUUACACGGAGAUCCAUAGACCCACAGAGAGACCCAAUGAGAACCCUAAAUGCACUGCGAAUGGCUUCAUCGUUAGCGCUGUCUCUACCACAUGGGUGCACGCAUUAUUAUCGUUUUUUUCUCCUCACAGACUUUCUAUAUUGUUUUCCAAAUAUUAUAGGGUGGUUUAUUUUUCCAUUUCAGGAAUGCAUUAUCUGAAAACGAGUGCACGUUAUAUAUGUACUCAAUUUAAUGACCCCGUAUUUUAAUAAAGAUAUUCCAUAGAGUGAUUGCAACUUUCAAUUAUUUUGUUUAUUAAUGGUCUGUCCUGAUGUUUUAAUCACUGAACCGAUGUUUUUAUGAGUAAUCAGCAACGGGUGCAUUAAACUGCGAAGGUGAAAGCUCA